AUGCCAGUAGGUAUGCUCAGAACAUUAACCAGGGAGUUCAAGCGCACCACCCUUGCGAAUGACUUGCUUCAAAAACACAGCAGAUUCUAUGCAGCUACGGUUGGUGGAAGAAGGCUAGAGGGGAAAGUGGCACUCAUAACAGGCUCAGCAAGUGGACUUGGCAAGGCAACGGCCCAUGAGUUUGUCAAGCAUGGGGCCCAAGUCAUCAUUGCUGACAACGACACCAAGCUUGGGCCACAAGUGGCAAAAGAGUUGGGCCCAUCAGCCCGUUAUGUGGAAUGUGAUGUUGCUGUGGAGGCCCAAAUUGAAGAAGCUGUGAAUGUUGCCAUGGCCCACUAUGGCAAGCUGGACAUCAUGUACAACAAUGCUGGCAUCCCAGGCCCAUCAUUUCCGCCAAGCAUAGCAGAUCUAGACCUUGAUGAGUUUGACCAAGUUAUGAGGAUCAAUGUAAGGGGAAUGAUUGCCGGUAUAAAGCAUGCAGCCAGGGUCAUGAUACCUGUGGGCUCAGGGUCCAUUCUAUGCACAUCAAGCAUAUGUGGGGUAAUCGGUGGGCUUGGGCCUCAUCCUUAUACAAUAUCAAAGUUUGCAAUACCUGGGGUAGUGAAAUCUGUGGCUAGUGAGUUAUGCAAAGUUGGGGUCAGGAUCAAUUGCAUAUCCCCAGCUCCAAUUCCUACACCAAUGGUUUUGUCUCAAAUUGAAAAGUUUUAUCCUGGUUUAACCCAAGAACAGAUAGAGGGUAUUGUGAUUGGGUUUGUUGGGCUCAAAGGUAUCAAAUGUGAGGACAUUGAUGUGGCAAGGGCGGCAUUGUACCUGGCAUCAGAUGAAGCAAAGUUUAUCUCAGGCCAGAACCUCAUAGUUGAUGGAGGCUUCACCAGCUUCAAAAGUCUCACAUUCCCUUUUCCACAUCAAACUGAUCAACCCGAACAAACUGCUAACUGA